GCGUGAAUUGUAUAUAUUAUUAAGGAGAAUUUGAUUCUGUAGUGAAGUUUAAUCAAGUUUAACAUUUGAAUUCUACAGCAAUUUUAAUUUAUUAUUAAUAUUAUUUAAUGUCAAAUGAUAUAUAACAUAGAAUAUAAAUUUAAUUUACAUAAUAUUUCUUAUAACAGUUUUUCUUAUAAAAUUUUAUUUUUUCUUGUAAAUCGUGCGAAAUAAGUUUAGGGGAAUACCCUUAUUUCUAUUUAUAUCUUGCAUUUUUAUGUAUUUUCAAUUAUUUAGAAUUUAAAAGAAAAUGACUAUUUUUUUAACUUGUAUAUUUGUAAGUUGUAUAUUCUUAUCAUACUGUGCAGAAAACAUUGUACUAAUUAUUGCUGAUGAUUUGGAUAUAUUUCUUGAUGGCAUGACACCAAUGCAAAGUACACUGGAAUUAAUUGGGAAUAAAGGUGCAACAUUUUCAAAUUGUUUCGUCGCUUCACCUAUUUGUUGCCCAAAUAGAGCAUCAAUUUUAACUGGAACAUAUCAACAUAAUCAUUUGGUAAUAAAUAAUUCAAUUAGUGGAGGAUGUAACAGUAUCGAAUGGCAAAAACUACAAGAACCAAAUACAUUUGCAGCGCACUUGAAAAAAGAAAUGCUUUAUAGAACUUUUUAUGGUGGAAAAUAUUUAAAUCAGUAUGGAGAAAAAAUAGUAGGUGGAUCUUCUCAUGUACCAGAAGGAUGGGAUUGGUGGGUUGGACUUAUUGGAAAUUCAAAAUAUUAUAAUUAUUCCUUAUCUAUUAAUGGGACUGAAAAAAAAUUUGGUAGUGAACCAAAUGAUUAUCUUACUGAUGUAAUUAGUGAUCUGGCAAUAGAUUUCAUUAAGGCACAUAAUUCAAAUAGUGAACCAUUUCUUAUGGUUUUAGCACCGCCUGCACCUCAUGCACCUUUUAUACCAGCAAUGAGGCAUAUUGAUAAAUAUAAAGAUGUAAUAGCUAAAAGAACACCUAAUUUCAAUACACAGACUCAAAUGGACAAGCAUUGGCUAGUACAAAGGGGGCCAUCUCCACUUCCUGAUAAUUUAUUGCCUAAGUUAGAUGAAAUCUAUAGAAGGAGAUGGGAAACAUUGCUAGCUGUUGAUGAACUUGUAGAGAAUGUAUAUGAAGCUUUAAAAGUGGGAAAUCUUUUAAAUAAUACUUAUAUUAUAUUUACAUCAGAUAAUGGAUAUCAUAUUGGCCAGUUCAGUAUGCCGAUAGAUAAACGCCAACCAUAUGAAACAGAUAUUAAAGUUCCAUUAUUAAUACGAGGUCCUGGAAUUACACCAUCAAAGAUUGUUGCACCUGUCAGCAGUGUUGACUUAUUUGCAACAAUUUUAGGAAUAGCUGGUAUACAACGUCCAUCUGAUGGAAUGUCAUUUUUAAAAAAGAUAUUGCCAAAAGAUAGAACUCUCUUAAUAGAGUAUAGAGGAGAAAGAUCUAAAGGUAUUCCAUCCUCAGGUUGUCCAAGUGAUUAUGAUCCAAACCUUACAUUAUGUUCCAAAGAUAUGGCAUGCAAAUGUCAAGAUGCUGCAAAUAAUACUUUUAGUUGCAUACGACGUGUAUCUCCAAAAUUUAACAAUAUUUUCUGUAUCUUUGAAGACGAUAAGCAUUAUAUUGAAGCAUACAAUAUAACUACAGAUAAGUAUCAACUAGAAAAUAUUGGAUAUACCAUGAAGCGUCAUCAUAGAUACAGAUUGAGGAAAAGUCUGAAAAGAAUGAGUAUUUGUAAAAACGAAGAUUGUAUUGUUACAAAUAUGGAAAACAUAUAUGUUUAAGUCUCAAUGUAUUAUAGAUUUCAUUAGUAUAUCUUAUUUGACUAUAUACAUUUUAAAUUUAUAAUAUGAGUGUCCGUAUAAAGAUCUUUUAUUAUGUAAUUAGUGAAAUAUUUAUUAAAUCCAAUAUUCAUUUUCUUACGAA